AUGUGUGUUGAUACUGCUUUCUUUUAUACCAGUGAUGUAAUAUUGCUAGUGUUGAGAAUGGAUAUCCUAAACCAGGAGAUAAGCAUGCAUAACCCUGAAGGUGAACUUAAAAUAAGUUUUGGCUAUCAAUGCAAUAGUGAUAGAGGUAUACCUUGCAAUAAACUCAAUAGAACAAGCAGUUUCUCUUGCUUGUCUGGUGCUGCCUUGAGUGCAAAUGCUACACUUGCCAACACCAACAUCUGCAAUGGCGUAAUAGGAGAAGAAAUCCUUCCGAGUUUGGACUCUCCUAGAUCAUUCCGUACGGUACCCUCUUCGUCAAGUUUUCCAAAGUUGGACAUGUUAUCAUCUUCUGUCCAUAGUAGUUGUUCAAAUCUAAGUUGCAGCCCAUCCACUCCAAGUAACAUGCUUGAAUAUGACCCUUGUACAUUAAAAUCCACGAGUUCUCCUUCCAGAAGUGAAGGUUUUCUUAAUGCCAUGGAUGUUCAAGUUGCUGGAGGAGCAGCUGGUGAAGAUAGGGUUCAAGCAGUUUGUUCUGAAGAAAAUGGGUGGCUCUUCUGUGCAAUUUAUGAUGGCUUCAACGGGAGAGAUGCAGCUGACUUUUUGGCUGGUACCCUUUAUGACACCAUUGUAUCUUAUUUUAAUAUGUUACACUGCAAUUUGGAACCAGAUUCCAUAAAAGCUUCCAACCAUGCUGCUAUGGGUGAAUCCUUUCCAUAUAAUUUGGAUGAUAGUCUUAUUAUCCAGGAGCAUCAGUCUCCUUCAAAAUUGAAGAGAAACAAUUCUAGUCUUGACUGUUUUGCAAGCAGUACUCCACCUUCCAAGUCAGAAACAUCUCCUAAACCAUUUUCACAUAGUACAGUACUUGAUGGUCUUCAGCAUGUUCUUAGUCAGGUUGAGAAUGAUUUCUUAUGCAUGGUUGAGCAGGAAAUGGAGGAACGUCCAGAUUUAGUUUCUAUUGGAUCUUGUGUUUUACUUGUGCUUCUUCAUGGCAAUGAUUUAUAUACACUUAAUCUUGGAGACAGCAGAGCAGUAUUGGCAACGUGCUGUACAGAUAACAGAAUGAAUGAGAAUGAGAGUGAGAGAUUGAAGGCUAUCCAGCUUACUGAUAGUCAUACUGUUGAUAAUGAAGCCGAAAGAGCUCGCGUUCUUGCUGAUCAUCCUGAUGAUCCGAAAACCAUAGUAGCAGGGAAAGUGAAGGGAAAACUGAAGGUUACUCGAGCUUUAGGAGCAGGGUACUUGAAAAAGGUUUGCAUUCUUUUCAAAUUUUAG